GCGCAUCGCAGCACCGCACCGCACCGCACCGCACUCUGCGGCCGCGCGCAGCUGGCAGCUUGCUAAGCCCGCUGCGCUUAUUCUUCCGGGCCCGACGGUCGCCCCGCAACCUGCCUGUGUGACAGCAGCUGGGUUUGCACUGCUGACCUCAUGUCGAUGCCUCAGCGACCCGAGCCGUCGUCACCCCGGCGCGAGCGACGACACUCGCACCGCAGCUCUCAACACCGCCGCCGACGCACAUCGGACCUCGAGAGCUCGCGCGCCUACGACCGCACUCCCUCCAAGACCGAUGCCGACGCCUACGCCCAGCCGCUGCCCUCGCCCGGCGGCACCCCCGUGGCCAUGGAGCGCGACCCCAUUAUGCGGGGCCCGCACAACACCGCUGCCGCGCCCGCCCUGGGCAGGAAGCGCAGUCUGAUCAGGCCGGAGCGCCAGCGAAUGGACCCCAGCCAUCCCAACUACCACUAUCGCAAGCACGCCCAGCGCAUGCAUGUCCAGCCCUCGACCACCGGCAACGACCCCAUUCUCGAGGACAAUCUCGAGUCCGAGACGGUGAGCUCAGACAGCACAGACGUCAAGCCGCCACACUUGCGCAAUGUCUCUGGCGGCCCCUACACGGACAAGGAGGCCCCGCUCGACGGCGGCGAGCCCCAGGUGCAGCGCAAGAUGGUGCGCAGCAAGACGGCCGACGCCCGCCACAAGCAGCGCCAGAAGGACCAGGACAAGUUGCGCCCGCCUAGCCUGUGGAAUGUCUACUGUGCCAUCAUCACCUUCUGGUGCCCCGGCGCCCUGCUCAAGUGCUUCGGCAAGCCCGCCAGAGCCCAGCAGCGCGCCUGGCGAGAAAAGGUUGGUCUCGUGAGCAUCAUCCUGGUCAUUUGCACCUUUGUCGGAUACAUCACGUUUGGUUUUACCGAGACCGUCUGCCCCGCCGGCGGCAAUGCUCGCCUCCGCACCAAUGAGGUGGGCAAUGGAUAUCUCAUCAUUCACGGCCAAGCCUACGAUCUUGCCCAGUCCAAACACCCCCGCGCCCGUGGAAUCCCCGAAAACGCAAACGUCCUCUUCGACCUGCCCGAGAAGCACGGCGGCCAGGAUGCCAGCUUUCUGUUCCAGAACGUCAAUGGCGCCUGCAAGGGCCUCAUCACGGAAAAGCCCAAUUCGGGCAUCCCCUCGACGCCCAGCGGAGACUUGGCCUGGUAUUUCCCAUGCCGGCUGUUCAACCAGGACGGCUCCAGCAAGCCCAACACGACCUUUCUCGAGUACAACGGCUACCAGUGCCACACGUCGGACCCGGCUCGCCGGGCCUUCUACAGUCUGCGCCAUUCUGGCGAUGUCUACUUCACCUGGGACGAUAUCCGCAACACGUCAAGGAGCCUCAUGGUGUGGGGCGGCGAUGUGCUGGACCUUAGCUUGCUGGACUGGUUCAACACGACUCAAAUCAAUACGCCCCCCAUCUUCGAGGAGAUCCGCCAAAACCCAGCCGUCCGUGGUGUGGAUGUGACGCGCGCAUACUCUUCGCACUACGACAAGAAGGUCAUGCAAUGCUUGGGUGAAAUCAUCAAAGUCGGUUCCAUCGACACGGAGAGCAUUGGUUGCAUCGCUUCCAAGGUCGUCCUCUACGUUUCGCUCGUCUUCAUUCUGGCCGUUGUCAUUGCCAAGUUCAUUCUUGCCUUGAUAUUCCAGUGGUUCAUCAGUAAGAAGUUUGCUGCCUCCAAGACAUCCCUCGGCCCCGUCGACUCCAAGCAGCGAAAGCAGCAGAUCGAAGACUGGAGUGAGGACAUCUACCGCCCCCCGCCAAAACUCAUGGAGCCCGCUUCUGGCUCGGAACGGAGCGCAAAACGUGGCAGCUUCCUGCCGGCCACGUCCAGGUUCACCAGCCCUUACUCUGUGGAUAAGAAUACCAAGAUGCGCGCCCCGCCCACUACCAUGACGAGCCAAAGCGCCUCCUCUCGCCUGCUGGGAUCCAACGGCACCAUGUACAAGCAAAUCAAUGCCAGCCACAACACACUUCCCACGGAUGGAAAACAAAGCACCCACGAGUCUGGUUCUGAUUUAUACUUUUCCAAUAACACUGAAACGAACCAGUAUUCUAGCCUCGAAGGUUCUGGGCCCUCGGGCUUUACGCACGAAGCCGUAGUCCCUCAGCCCCCGCCAGAGUGGCAGCCAUUUGGCUUUCCACUGGCUCACGCCAUCUGCCUGGUCACGGCAUACUCCGAGGGUCCAGAAGGCCUGCGAACUACCCUCGACUCGAUUGCCACGACCGACUACCCAAACAGCCACAAGCUGAUUCUUGUCAUCUGCGACGGUAUGAUCAAGGGACACGGAGAAGACAUGACGACACCAGAAGUCUGCCUUGGUAUGAUGAAGGACCACGCCGUACUGCCUCACGAGGUCCAGGCGUAUUCGUACGUGGCUGUUGCGAGCGGUUCCAAGCGACACAACAUGGCUAAGAUCUACUCUGGCUUCUACGACUACGGCGAGACGACGCGCAUCCCCAUUGAGAAGCAGCAACGUGUUCCGAUGAUGCUGGUUGUGAAAUCUGGUACCCCCGACGAGGCCAAGAAGUCGAAGCCCGGUAACCGUGGCAAGCGAGACAGUCAGAUUAUCCUCAUGUCGUUCCUGCAAAAGGUCAUGUUUGACGAGCGUAUGACGGAGCUAGAGUUUGAAAUGUUCAACGGCAUCUGGAAAAUCACUGGCAUAUCUCCCGACUUCUACGAGAUUGUGCUCAUGGUGGAUGCCGACACCAAGGUGUUCCCUGACAGUCUGACGCACAUGAUCUCAGCCAUGGUCAAAGAUCCAGAUAUCAUGGGACUCUGCGGCGAAACCAAGAUUGCCAAUAAGCGCGACUCGUGGGUCUCGAUGAUCCAGGUGUUUGAAUAUUUCAUCUCGCACCAUAUGGCCAAGUCAUUCGAGUCGGUCUUUGGCGGUGUCACUUGUCUACCAGGUUGUUUCUGCAUGUACCGCAUCAAGGCACCCAAGGGCGGCCAAAACUACUGGGUGCCGAUUCUCGCUAAUCCCGACGUUGUCGAGCACUACUCUGAAAACGUGGUGGAUACGUUGCACAAGAAGAAUCUGCUGCUGCUGGGUGAGGAUCGUUAUCUGUCGACGCUGAUGCUCAAGACAUUUCCCAAGCGCAAGCAAGUCUUUGUGCCGCAAGCCGUGUGCAAAACCACUGUACCGGACGAGUUCAAGGUCUUGCUGUCACAACGUAGACGAUGGAUCAAUAGUACGAUCCACAACCUGAUGGAGCUUGUGCUAGUGCGAGAUCUGUGUGGCACCUUCUGCUUCAGCAUGCAGUUUGUCGUCUUCGUUGAGCUGAUGGGCACGCUUGUUCUACCCGCCGCCAUCGCCUUUACGUUUUACCUAAUUGCUAUUUCCAUCAAGGCGGCUGUGCAGCACACGGCGGCUCCUGUGAUACCCCUUGUCCUUCUAGCGCUCAUUCUCGGUCUCCCUGCAGUCCUGAUUAUUGUUACGGCUCACCGGUGGUCUUACGUGGCCUGGAUGUUCGUCUAUCUGCUGUCACUGCCCGUUUGGAACUUUGUGCUCCCGACAUAUGCCUUCUGGAAGUUUGACGACUUCAGUUGGGGCGAUACGCGCAAGACGGCGGGCGAAAAGACCAAAAAGGCGGGCCUGGAGUACGAGGGUGAAUUCGAUAGCAGCAAGAUUACGAUGCGCAGGUGGCGUGACUUUGAAGCAGAGCGGAGAAUGAGAACUUCACCGGGCGGCUGGCCACAGCAGCAACAGCAACAGCAACAACAGCAGGGAUAUGACCAUUACUACGAUUAAUUGAUUUUGCAUGGUGGCGUCGAUGUUGAAAAAAGGGGGGUUGCCGUUGCGUAGCCGACGCGGCGGAU